AGCUCACCCCGGUUGUGGAAACUUGGUGACAUUUUCUCAAUUUCUCUUUAUAUCUGUUCAUGGAUUCCUGUUUACUAUGAGGUGUGGGAGAGAGUCUUCCAAGAUACCCAUUAGGGAGUACGUGAUCAUGGUUGGGAUGUUCUUCGCAUCAAGCGUGUUGAACAACUACGCGCUGAACUUCGGCAUCCCCAUGCCUCUUCAUAUGAUCUUCAAGUCGGGCUCUCUUGUCGCCAACUUGCUGAUGGGUAUGGUCGUGCUCAAGCGAUUUUACCGAAAGCACAAAUAUAUUGCGGUCGUGCUCAUCACCCUGGGCAUUAUCCUGUGCACUCUGGCAUCUCAGGUGAGCUAUAUAUUGCGGUCGUGCUCAUCUCCCUGGGCAUUAUCCUGUGCACUCUGGCAUCUCAGUAGUCGCGCCUGCGAUCGCGUUGUCGAGUGUCUCAUCGCUGCCCGGGCGCUGGCUGUGAAGAACGCCAAGAAGGCGGACGCGGCGGCGACGGUGGAGCAACCGGCCGGCCUGGACCGUAGCAGUCCGGUGACGCUGGCCGUGGGCGCCGGCGUGCUGACCGCGGCGCUCCUGCUGUCAGCCCGGCUCGGCAUCUUCCAGGAGGUGCUGUACAAGACCCACGGCAAGCACGCCCAGCAGGCCCUCUUCAUCACGCACUCCCUGCCGCUGCCAGGCUUCCUACUGCUGAUGCCGGACAUCAUUCACCAUGCGCGGCUGUUCUCUGAGUCGGAGGCCGUGCUGGUCGGCACGCUCGAGCUGCCCGUCCCCAGGCUCUGGCUCUGCCUGCUCUGCAACGUCAUCACGCAAUACGUGUGCAUCAGCUCCGUGUUCCGGCUGACCGAGCAGUGCACCUCGCUGACGGUGACGCUGGUCGUGACGCUGCGCAAGUUCGUCAGCCUGCUCUUCUCCAUCUGGUACUUCGCCAACCCGUUCGUGGCGCAGCACUGGGUGGGCUCGGCGCUCGUGUUCGCCGGCACGCUGCUCUUCACCGACCCGUGCGGCGCGUUCGCGCCCAGCGGCCUCAUCGUCGAGAAGUAGCG